AAACACGUCACUUCCUGUUAAAAUUGAAAAGCCUGAGAGGCUGAAACUGAAAGUAAAUCGUUAGAAACGUCGUUGACACUUUAACAUGUCGCUCAGACUCUCUUGAUUUCGAUUCUACGACAGUUUACCAUUUUAUUCCCGUUGGAUGUUGUAAAUAUUAAGAAUAUGGAUCAUCAGAAGCUUCACGAGAUCGACGAGGACCUGACAAGCACUGAAGUGGCCCAGCUGAAGUUUCUGUGUAUGGACCUAAUUCCCAAGAAGCGUUUGGAGACAGUGACUGAUGCCAAAGAACUGUUCCUACGACUGAACGAGCAAGCACUGCUUGAUGACGGGUUACUCGUCCCUGAGCUUCUGAGCACAAUUGGACGCUUAGACUUGCUUGGAAUCCUCGAAAUGUCCAAAGAUAAUGUGAAUAGGAAUCUGCUACAACGUGACGCAUCUAGUAAAGGUGUCUCAGCCUACAGAAAAAUGCUAUUUCGUAUAUCUGAGGACAUGACAGAAGAAAACCUUCACACAUUUAAGUUUUUUGUGAAUCUUCCAAAGGCAAAACUAGGAACUUCUGCUACAUUUCUAGAUGUUAUGACUGAGAUGGAAAAGCUACAGAAGCUUGGUGAAGACAACCUGGAUGAACUUUACUACAUUCUAGACAAAUGUGACAAACAGCUGGCCUGUAGGGUAGAGGAGUAUAGGGCUCGGGAACAAGGAGGCAGACUUCCUCUACGGGAAGUGUUUGGUAAUGUGCAAGUUCCCUUUCCUGAUGAAACUAUGCCAGGAUAUCAAAUGGAGACCGAAUAUGGAAGGAGGAGAGUCUCGGUUGUUGCGGAUACAGAUGCUGAACCCAGAACAGAGGAAUAUUAUAAUAUGACUCAGCGACCUCUUGGAUACUGUCUAAUCAUCAACAACUACAACUUUAAAGAAAGCUCCUCAUUGCCCAAUCGAGCAGGAACGGACAAGGACAGAGAUGACCUUAGCAGAUUGUUUCGCAGAAUGCAUUUUAAGGUUGAGGUUCAGAAUGAUCUGACAGCUUCAGAUAUGAAGAAUGUGAUGGGGCACUUUGCAAAAAGGGAUCAUACUCCUAUGGGUGCUUUUGUCUGCUGUGUCCUCUCGCAUGGAUUGAAGGGCACAGUAUUGGGUGUAGAUGGUAACGAGGUUGAAAUCCGUGAACUUACAGUGCCUAUUGCUAGGUGCCUUACACUAGCAUCCAAGCCCAAGCUUUUCUUCAUUCAAGCCUGCCAAGGAAAUGAGGGUCAGAAUGGUGUAUUGACAAUGGAUGCACCGGGAAUCGCUACAGAAGACGACUCAUAUGAUGAAGAUGCUUUCAAUCCUGAAGCCCGAUCUAUUCCUAUAGAAGCUGAUAUGUUAAUUGGAAUGGCCACAGUACAGGACUACCAGUCCUACCGCCACACUACAGAAGGGUCUAUCUAUAUCCAGGAGCUCUGUAAUCAGUUGGAGAAAUUCUGCCCCAGAAAAGAGGAUAUCUUAUCCAUCCUGACAAAAGUAAACCGUGAAGUGAGUUUUAAAAUUUUGAAGGGCCACAAGCAGAUGCCUGAACCUCGAUAUACCCUCACCAAGAAGCUGGUCCUGCCCAUGGACUGAAUCUUCUGAUUGACUUUUGUGUGACUGGAUUCAUGCUGGAGAAGUUUCCGUUAUUCCAUUACUCAGACUCGAUCAAUCCUUCUGGCAGGAUCAAGGCAGUUUGGUACUAGAUUCAGAUUGAUCUUGCUGUAUCUGUGCGUCUGAUCUUAAUUAUUAAAUUAGACUUUUGAGUUAAAGUUUACUGCACUGAGUUCUGGCUGUGUGAUCUUCUUUAGACAAUGCAAUUUAAAAAUAAAACAUUUAUAUUUCAUACCAGGAAUUUUUUUUUAAACUAAUGUUAAGUAUGAUGAAUUUAUACCAGCAGUUUAAAUGAUUUUAAUUUUUGUGGAGGAAAUUUUUUAAAUGCAUAUAUUUCCCAUUAAUCUCAAUCUGAAUGAACUAAAAACCUAGAUAGUGUAAGAUCUUUAAAGACUUUGCAAUUGUAAGAAAUCAUUGAUGUCUAGAAAGGAGUGAAAUCCAACAUUGUUAAACACUGUCAUUAAACAUUGUUACAUGUCUAAUUUUUUUAUUAUUUUAGCAUAUAAUGUUUUGCAUUACAAAACACAAAAUGUCGUCUUCCACCCUUUCUCUGAAUUCUUGCAUUAUUGUUAUUUUAUUAAAUUUUAACUGCAAAAUUGUUCUUCUGUUAAAUGGAAAUGCAUGAGUAAAUGGAA